AUGGCUUGCAACUACCCAACAUCUUCAGAAGCCAUAAAACUAGAACAUUCUACGGAGUUAACUAUUGAGUCAGACUUCGACGUACUGAGAAAUAAAUUAGGACCGAAUUAUCGAAGACCGAGGAUAUUAAAGCCACCGCCGCAACGAUAUAAACCCAACGAGCAGACUCAAACGCCACCUGAGCUGUCAAUGUCAACAUUCCCGCCAAUAUUCCCACCUACAGAUAAAACAAUUUCAAAUAUGGAACUUAAGAACUUUCUCAACACCGCGCUCCAGACAGCCUUGACAGAUUCGUUGAACCAAUUACAGGCUAUCCCAAAAACAAUAGAGCAAAGUGAAGUCAAAGACAGGCGCAGACUGCAUAAAUGCGAUGUAGCUGGCUGCCAAAAGGUCUAUACAAAGAGUUCGCAUUUGAAGGCGCAUAAACGUACGCAUACUGGUGAGAAACCCUACAGCUGUGGGUGGGCCGGGUGCGGCUGGCGCUUCGCACGCUCAGACGAAUUGACCAGACAUACACGUAAACAUACCGGCCAUAGACCGUUCAGAUGCCCUCUUUGUACACGGGCUUUUGCACGCUCGGAUCAUCUUGGAUUGCAUAUGCGUAGGCAUUGA